UUCCAUCCUGCAACCAUAAAAACCCAACAAACAAACCUUCCCCAAACACCCAAAAAGAAAAACCUCAAAAUCAAAAUCCAUAUCAAACAAGUAGCAUUCACAGUCAUCAUAUCAAACUUUUUAAGGCAGAAUCAAGUUGUUUCAGCCAUGGCAGAUGAAUUCAAUCCAGGACCAAACUGGUGGGAUAGAACAGCUGCACCUUCUUCUUCUUCUUCUUCUUCUUCCUCAUCUUCUGUUCUAAACAAUAGCUUAGGAACCUUUGGUGGUUGGAACCCAGAACUGGCUGAUAUCAAAGCAAGAUCUCCCAUGGAUUCCAUCUCAUCAUCAUCAUCAUCUUCAGUUUCAGCUCCUGAUUUACAUAUGAUGGGACUUGGACUUUCUUCUCAAGCCAUGGAUUGGAACCAAGCUUUUAUGCGUGGGGAUCAUAAAAGUGAGACUAGUUUCAAAUCCAUGCUUGAAGAACAUAAUUUAAAUGCUUCAAAUCCAAAUUAUCACCAAGAAAUGAUGGGGUUUAAGCAUCAAUCAUCAUCACAAUUUAGUCCUUGUUCAAGUGAUAGCACUAUUAUCAACAACAUGGAUUCAACAUCUUUAUAUGGAAGUCCUUCAACCAUUUUACAAGGAUUAUUAGGGACUGAAAAUCAAACCUACGAGAAUCGUUCAAUCAAUUACCAAUAUGGGAUGAACAACAACGAUCCAUUGUUGCCAAAUUCAUGGUCUAAAGUCCCUCAAUUCUUGAAAAAUUCACCACAAAAAAAUGGUCAAUUACAUUUCUCAAACAAUGCUCCUUUUUGGAAUCCAUCAGCAGCAGCAACAUCUCCCAUGGUUGAUCAUAGGCCACCAGGGUUUUUCCCAUCAUUUCCAACACCAAAUUUUGAUGAAAAACCAAAGCAGAAUAAUAUAUCUGAAGUAAAGAAAAAUGGAAACGAAACAUCAUCUAAAAGGCCUCGAAAUGAAAUCCCAUCUUUGCCAGCUUUUAAGGUGAGAAAAGAGAAGAUGGGAGAUAGAAUCAGUGCACUCCAACAGUUGGUUUCACCUUUUGGAAAAACUGAUACAGCAUCGGUGUUGUCUCAAGUCAUUGAAUACAUUAAAUUUCUCCAUGAACAAAUCAAUGUUUUAAGUACCCCGUACAAGAAAACUGGAGCUACCACUCAACAACAACAACAGACUUGUGAGAAGUCCAAGGACUUUGAAGGAUUUAAGCAUGAUCUAAGAAGUCGUGGACUAUGCCUUGUACCGGUCUCGAGCACGUUCCCGAUGACACAUGAGUCGACAGUUGAUUUUUGGACACCAACAUUUGGAGGAACAUUUAGGUAGAAAGGAAGAGAAAUUGUGGGAAAAGGGAGCAUAGAUAUGGAAAUGGAAGAGAUAUUGUUUAUAAAUAUUUAUUAGGAAGGAAUCCUCGACAAGUUGUUCGAGGAUGAUUAGGAUACCUGAAGCCAAAAAUCUAAUCUGAUUUGAUUUGAUUAUAAAAAGUUAACAACCAAAA